AUGAAGGGAGUCUCCGCAGAGAUUGAAGAGCUCUUUAACUGCAUCACCAGGUACAAGCCACAUACAAUCGAGCUGGACACAGUUCUGAAGCCAUUCAUCCCAGAGCUGAUCCCCAGUAUUGGCGAGGUGGAUGCUUUUCUCAAGAUGCCGCGGCCCGACGAAGCAACCAGUGGUUUGGGCACCACACGUUUAGAUGAGCCCACUCUGAAUCCAUCUGAUCCAUCCAUCCUGGACUUGCAACUUCGAUCUCUCAGCAAGAACCAGGACCUUCAACCAAUGGAGGUCCGGUCCAUUGAAAAUGCCGAGAAGAAUCCGAAGGAGAUUGACAACUGGGUCAAGCGGAUUGACCACCUCAACCGAUCAAAGCCUGCACCUACGGUGCAAUAUUCAAGGAGGAUGCCAGACAUCGAGCAGCUCAUGCAAGUUUGGCCCGGUGAAUUCGAGGAGUUUCUCCAGAACAAUCCUCUACCGGAUCUUGCCGAUCUAGAGUUGGAUUUGCCGAGCUAUGUGAAGAUUUUUGCAUCCGUCCUGGAUGUGCCGGUCUACAACCAGAUCACGGAGACAUUGCAUGUCAUCUUCACACUCUAUUCCGAGUUUAAAUCCAAUCAGCACUUCUCAAAGACUGACACUGCUGGCAACUUCGGCGACCAGUGCGCCAACAAUAAAGACAACUGCAAUUAUUGCGCGCGGGUCAAGAGUGUCUGGUGUACCUUGCAAGGCCAAAAGCCAAAGGCUUUGACAAUUUGUUUACAGUAA